AUACACACACAAACUGCCAUGACUAGAACCGAGAAUACCGCUGAGAAGGCACUUAUCUCCCACCCCGCCCAUCCGCAGCACCAGCUUCAGCUGGUGGUGGCCACCGAGAAAUUCCAGUGCAACGGCUGCAAGCAGCGGGGCGCGGGACAAAGUUAUCGGUGCGAGCCAUGCGACUACGACCUCCACACAGUCUGUGUGCCUCCCGAAACGCCCCUCAAGCACCCCCGGUUCAAUGGCUGCGAACUCUGCUUCCGCCUCGAGCCACCCGGCCCGGGGCGAUCGUGCGACGCCUGCGGCGAUGUUGUGCUUGGCUUUGUGUACUUCAACCGCGAACGCGACAUCGACCUCCACCCCGCCUGCGCUUUCCACCCACAGCUCGUCGAAAUAGACGGCACCCUGUUCGAGCUCCACACGGAAAAGGAUGCGGCCCUUGUUUGCCGGCGAUGCAAGGUGAAAGACGCCCGCCGCAACAGUUACUGGUCCUAUCGUUCCCGUGACCGCCGUGAAGACGGCGAGCUUGCGUACCUGCACGUAGGGUGCAUGAUAGACGGCGAAGGUUCGGCCAGCGAAGCUCAGAGCGUACCAACAGAACUGCUGAACGCUCCUGGCCAGAUGACCUGGUACAAGAGUAUUUGGAAGCUCACCAAGAUCGUUGCAAAAUUGGCCUACUAUCUCCUCAGUUUCGACGGGACAGGUAUUACAUCGAUGGCUGGAGCGGUCGCUGACUAUUUCAGCAAGUAAACGAGUGAGUGUUGAAAAUAAGCUACUUUUCCCAUUUUCUAUAGUUUGUUCUCCGUCAGUUACGUUGUCAUCGCCCUGCGUGGUGGAGUGUUACGUCUGUACUCUGUACUCUGUACUCUGUGUGGCUUGUAUGCAUAUUCGUUACAUGAAUAAAUAAAAGAAAGAAAGAGAGACAGGCAGAAAACGCUGCCUAAGUAUUGCAG